AUUGAGUCAAACAAGAAGUUGUGCAAGCCUCAUUCGGCCAAUAUAAACACGCCACGAGCCCCGGAAGUUCUAAGACUGUAAGCAUAAGAUUAUUAAAUCACAUAUUGGUCGUCAUGGCAUCUGUAGCCGCAUUCGAGACGCCGCCGACUACAUCAAAACCAUCACAGUCACCCACGACUGACUUUGAUGUUGUCGCUUACUACAACGAUCUCGUUCAGGAGGAUCCGACCAUCACACCCCCGAUAGCAGCCAUCCAAGCACUCAUAUCAUUACUCGCCAAGACACAAUUAACAACCAUCUCUGAGACUCUCAGCCUCCUGGCAACACAUUCACAAAAGCUCCUUGCCUCUCAACGAAAUCCCAUACCGCUUUCUGCAGGCACCGAACUCUUCCAACGCUAUUUGGUCAGCUCUUUCCAACAGAGACCUUCGUCGCUUGCAGAUUCCGAUUUCACGACUCUACGCCAUCAUAUUCUCACAAACUCUUCCCUUUUUGUAAAACGAGCAAACGAAGCUCGUUUGAAAAUCGCCCACUACGCCCUUCCUUUCAUCAAGGAAGAAUCCACUAUCAUCACCUAUGGCUACAGCCGAGUCGUUCAAACCCUCCUCACACAUGCCGCUGAGUCUGGCCGCUACUUCAACGUCAUAUACAUCCUGCCUUCGGCUGGGUUCACCGAUAACAUUUCCCAGUCCAUUUCUAAGUUAAGGAAGUUAUCUAUCCCGACGACCACGAUCCCUCUCUCAGCCAUGACCUAUGCCCUGGCAUCGCUCCCUGCGACAUCUUCAGCACCUCAGCUGAUCGUUGGUGCCAGCGCAGUGCUGGAAAAUGGCUCGGUUGUCACUGAGCUUGGAACCCACCAGAUAGGAAUGAUCUCCAAGGCCGUGUCGAUGCCACUACACAUUGCAGUCGAGUCUUACAAAUUUGUGCGCAAUUUCCCUCUGGGUUUUGGACCGCUUGACCUGGCGCGGAUGGGUGUCAAGCAGGAUGUUCUACAUUUCAGCACGAACACGGGUUCACAAGCUAAGGAGCAGAGCACAUCCGAAAGUCAGCUCGUCGAUGUACGAGAUAUGGUGGAGAUAACUCCUCCCGAACUGAUUGAUGCGCUGAUAACCGAGAAUGGGAUUCUGACUCCAAAGGCAGUGAGUGAGGAAUUGAUCAAACUAUGGUUUUAAUGGGUUGCAAAAUGUGCUCUAGAUUCCUAGCCACUAAUGAGUAUGAAUUGAG